AUGUCGUCGUCGUCUUCUUCUUCUUCUCAACCAAAAACUAUACGAAUCGGCAUAAUUGGAUUUGGUCCUUUCGCCCAGUUUCUGGCCAAAACUAUGAUGAAACAAGGCCAUUUGAUCAGAGUAACUUCAAGAUCAGAUUACUCAGAGCUCUGCACAAAUUUGGGUAUCUUGUUCUUCAGGGAUAUGGGUGCAUUUCUAGAAUCGGACAAUGAAGUUAUAAUGAUUAGCACGUCCAUCCUGUCUCUAUCACGAGUUGUGGAGUCCAUACCAUUCAAUUGUCUGAAGCGGCCUACACUUUUCGUUGAUGUGCUCUCUGUUAAAGAACACCCAAAAGAUGUCCUUUUGCGAAUAAUGCCCGAAGAGUGCGACUUGCUGUGUACACACCCAAUGUUUGGACCAGAAAGUGGUAAGGAUGGAUGGACAGACUUGACUUUUAUGUACGACAUGGUUCGAAUUAGAGAUCAACCCCUGUGUUCUAGCUUUCUGCACAUCUUCUCAAGUGAGGGUUGCAAAAUGCUGGAAAUGACUUGUGAAGAGCAUGAUAGAUUAGCUGCUCAAAGCCAAUUUCUUACUCACACAAUCGGCAGGAUCUUGUCGGAAAUGGAGGUUGAACCCACGCCAAUAGACACAAAGGGAUUUCAGAAACUUGUUCAAGUGAAGGAGAGCUCAGUUAAAGAUAGUUUUGAUCUGUUCAGUGGGCUAUUCAUCCACAAUAGGUUUGCCAGGCAACAGAUGAAAAAUUUAGAAGUAGCAUUGGAGAAAACUAAAGAGAAACUUCAAGAGAGAUCGAAGGAGCUGCAGGAUCCUGUCAUAUCGAAGUUCUAACAAAUGCUGAAGAAUACUAAUGAAUGGGAACUUCAUACUCACUUUCUUGGUCUUGUAAUAUUUCAUUGUUUGUAUUCUGUAAGAUGAUAAUUUGGUUGCAACUUUUACCAAGACACAUCACGAGGAAUCAAUCUAGGGUUCUAGACAAUUAGCUCUAAAAAUGAAAAGGACGUUGUUAAGAGUCGACAGUAAAAGUGUUCCAUUGCUUGUAUCACUUAUUAUUAAGAUGAUUUUUUGUUGUUCAACAUAUCAUUAAGAUGAUACCGAGAAAUUAAUUAAUUUUGACAAUUUACUCUAAA